AUGAGGAUUAAUGAAUCGGAUCUCUUCAAGAGAUAUAGAAUUGCCAACCAAAUGGCUUCGAACUUCCCAUUGAUGCUCAGAGAGGUCAAUGAGACUGUCUACAUAACAUCCACAACCCAAAGGAGCUAUACGAUAUACGAUGUGAAGAAGAUGAAUCUCCUCUUCUGCGGGCCUAUGUUCAAUCAAAUUCAUUGCACUUAUCAGAAAGGAGAUUUUGUCUAUGUUGGGUCAUACAGAGAUGUGUAUGUGACCACUCGGGGGAGUAUUGUCCGAUGCUUUACUCUUCCAGCAGGCUUGGUUCAAUCCAACAAGAGGAUCCGAGUGUCUGAGGAGAGCUUGGAAGGAAUUAUUAGACAGAUCCUUGGGUUUGGAGAGGUGAUUCUGAUUCUAACACAAAGCGAGCUGUUUGUUACUGAGGAUCUGAACGAGAUAUAUAAGAUUGAUCAUGAUGAGAUUGAAAGUUUGUUCCAUCCUCAUACAUAUGUUAACAAAGUUGUUAAGAUUCUUCGGGGAGGAAGGAUGGUACUGUUCAAUGUGUCUACCAGGAGGGAAGUGUAUGUGUACAAGCCGUUUGAGGCAACGAUAACAGCGAUUGAACAGAGUCCUGUGAUUGAUGUUGUUGGAAUAGGCUUAGAGAAUGGUAUUGUGCAUGUAUUUAACCUGAGGACUGAUAAGAUUCUGUUUUCAUUUAAGGCAGGAUGUAAAGUUCAUGGGCUCAGCUUUGGAGGAAACCAUCUCAUGGUGAUAACAGGAAAAGAGAUGCUAAUGUUUGAUCUAGACGAGAAGAAAAAGAUGGGAUCAAUUGAAGGUUCUACUAGCAAACAAGAUGGGACUGAGGAAUGUUUGGACAGAAGAAUUCUAAGUGGAAAGUUCCUCGAUGACAAAUCCUUUGUUAUAUCCACAAAAGAUUCAUUGUCUCUUUAUGAGGUAGAGAACUAUAACCUUGAGCUAAUUAAGAGAAGAAGAACAUACAACGACAAGAUAAUAGGGAUGGAGUUUGUAGAUGAAAAAAGCGUUCUUUUGUUUGGUCCCAAAUGUGUCUUCAGUAUGAAUGUGUAUAGGGACGAGCAGAACUUCAUGUUCAAAUUCAAAGGAGAUAUUGAGAUGAUGGAUGUUAACAAAAACAUUGUAUGUUCUGGAAAAGGGCAAUUGCAUUCCUUUAAUUUCUCAGAGAAGAACUCAAAGCCCCUUUUGAGAAAGGAUGUCAAUUGUCUAUCUGUAUACAAGGACUUUUGCUGUUUUGGAAAAGACAAAAUUACUUUAAUCAACCUCAAAUCAAAACUUGUGCACAGCAAAUUUUCCAUUGGUGAGGAGCUGAUUGAUUUGGCAAUGGACUUCACACGGAUAAUUGCGGCAACAGCAUCAGGUGUAUGGAUAUACACAACGAAGGGAGAAUUUAUCUCCAAAUAUGAGCAGAAGGGAGUAGUAUCCAUAAGACUGAUGGAAAGCUUUGUUGUUAUCUGUACUUCCUUCCAGAUCUUAUUCUAUGACGAGGGGGUUUCGAGAGUAUUCAAGAUGGCAGAUGAGAUAACGGAUUAUUGUGUAUCCAGCGACUCGAAAUGGAUAGCCAUCUUGUGCGGAGAGAAGAUCUUUCUCUACGACAUCCUGACCACCACGCUUCUUGACAUGCUUGGGAUGGAUGAGGAAGCAAAAUUCAUCAGGUUUUCUCCAAAUCUUGACUUUCUUUUGGCUGUUUCUAAGAGCAAUGAUCUGAUUUUAUUUUCAAACAAGAGCAACUUCCAGUCACACUCAAAACCUGAGAAGUUUGCUUUGAAUUUCUCAGACUUCAAGGAAAGAAGCAAUGCACAGGAAACUGUGUGGAGACAGAAGAGAGGAAGUCUGUAUUCAGAGCUUCUACUUUUGAAAGGCUUGGAAAGAAAACCAGAGGAUAUGGAAGGGGAAGGUUCCAACUUGUCCGAAUCUUCUCUAGAAACAUUAGAAAAGCUUCUAGAUGAAGAUUGGAUAAAAGGGAUGACUAAAGAGGAAGUCUUGAAGGUUAUGGAUAUCCUUGCUCUCCAUACCACUACAUCCAUGAAUGUUGUUCAAAGGAUCUUGUUUAAUAUCUUAAGGUACAAAUCCCAUCUACUGGAGCCUGAGGAUGUGAGCACAUUUCAUGAAAGAUUCAUCAGAGACUGGGAUGAUUUUGAAGAAAAUGCAUUAAAGGCGAUAGGAUACCUCAGUGCCGAAGCUGAUGGGUUACUCCAAUAG